ACCAGAAGUAGUUGAACAGACCGGAGGUCUCAAGCUCCAGGAAACUGUCCGAUUCAUGGACCACCACCAUUAAUUCGUCAGACAUUGAAUACGUUCAACCGAACGUGCCACCCUUGACCAUGAACUUGCCUUCCCAGUUGCAGUUGCGGAACAGAGUUUGGCCUGACUGCCAAGCCAUUUGGAACCAACUUAAACGUCGUCUUCUAAGUUCUUAGUCGUCCACCAUUCAUUGAUUUUACCUCUCUUUCUUGCUGGAAACAUGGCAAAGACAACCUUAAGCUUCAAGAGAAGGGUCACUCUUCACUUGUGCUUCUUUCUCUUUGCUCUGAUUUCCGUUACAUCAGAAAAUAGUUCAACUGUCCUUAUCCCUGGCCAAUUCCUCAGAGAUUCCCAAAACCAGACUCUGGUUUCGCCAGAUGAAACCUUCGAGCUGGGUUUUUUCACCCCUGGAGCAGCCGUAGGCAGCUCCAACAACCGUUAUUUAGGAAUAUGGUAUCACAAAGCUCCAGCCAAAGAAGUUGUCUGGGUAGCCAACCGAAAUGCUUCCCUCUCAGACACCUCUGGAGCUCUCACUCUCUCUCCCACUGGCAUUUUGGUACUUCUGAAUAACCAAAACAACACAAUUUGGACCUCCAACAACGGCAAUCCUCCACAAGCAGCCUCCCUCAACCCAACUUUACAGCUUCUCGAUUCCGGUAACUUGGUCGUGAGAGAUGGAAACAGAGUCGGCAUUCUGUGGCAGAGCUUCGAUCACCCAUCCAACACACUGCUCCCAGGAAUGAAAAUCAGGUCCAAUUUAGCGACCGGUAAGCAAACAAUCUUGACAUCCUGGAAGACUGAUCAGGAUCCAGACGAAGGUCAGUUUUCAAUGUCGAUCGACCCUCGUGGAUACCCACAACUGAUCCUGAAAAACAGGGAAGCAAAUCGCUACAGAUUGGGGUCAUGGAACGGGAAGUACUUCACGGGGACUCCCCUGCUUCCGACAAACAACAUCUUCGAAUACGAGUUCGUGAUGAACGAGACCGACGUUUACUAUACUUACAAUGUCAAAUCUGCCCUGCUCUCGAGACUGGUGUUGACCCAAACAGGAUUCCUGCAGCGUUACGCACGCUCCCAAGGAAGAAGUGAGUGGACAAGCUUGUACGCAGCUCCAAUGGAUCAAUGCGACCUGUAUGGAAACUGUGGAGCACAUAUGACCUGCAAUGUGGAAGAGAACAGUCCCCCAACCUGUGACUGCCUCGAAGGAUUUGAAUUGAUAGAUCCCGGAAACCAGAGCAAAGGGUGUGCUAGGAAGGUGCCAUUGAAUUGCGAGAACGAAUACUUCUUGAACUAUACUAGGGUUAAGUUGCCAGACACAUCUACUUCCUCAUGGUUUAGUAAGAUACAGAGCCUUCGGGAAUGCGAGAAUGUUUGCUUGAGGAAUUGCUCAUGUAUGGCAUAUGCGGAUGCUGAUAUUCAAAAAGCUGAUGGUGGGUGCUUGAUGUGGUUUGGUGAGCUAGUUGAUAUGAGGCAAUACGAUAAGGGAGGCCAAGAGCUCUUCGUCAGAUUGUCUGCCACAGUACCAAAACCACCAACAACAUUAAAAUCUGGUGGUAAGAACUUAGUGGCCAUUGUAGCCAGCUCAGUUGCGUUAGCAGGAUUGGUUGGAACAGUCCUCGUUCUGGUUUUAUGGCAUCGGAGACAAAGAAGUCUAGGAAUGAGAGGAGCAAGUAUUUUCAGACGGGAUGGUGGGAACGAAGAAGGGGGAGAGGAUUCUGAAAUGGAGUUGCAUAUAUUUGACAGGGCGACUAUGGUGAAAGCUACUGAUAACUUCUCGAUGGAGAACAAAUUAGGGCAAGGAGGAUAUGGACCUGUUUACAAGGGGACAUUGGCAGAUGGGCAGGACAUUGCUGUGAAAACCCUAUCAAAGAGUUCCGGACAAGGAACAACAGAGUUCAAAAAUGAAGUUGUUUUGAUCGCGAAACUCCAGCACAGAAAUCUCGUGAAACUCCUAGGGUGUUGCAUUGAAGGAGAUGAGAAGAUGUUGAUCUAUGAGUUCAUGCCCAACAAAAGCUUGGAUUUCUUCAUUUUUGAUAAAACGAAGAGCAAGUCCCUUAACUGGAACAUGAGGAUAGCCAUUGUGAAUGGAAUUGCAAGGGGGCUUUUAUACCUCCAUCAAGAUUCUAGGCUAAGGAUUAUCCACAGAGAUCUAAAAGCCAGCAAUGUGUUGCUAGAUAAGGAUAUGAACCCUAAAAUUUCAGACUUCGGCAUGGCCAGAAUAUUUGGUGGUGACCAAAUUGAAGCAAACACCAGUAAAGUCGUUGGCACAUAUGGCUACAUGUCUCCAGAAUAUGCUAUUGAUGGUCUUUUCUCAAUGAAAUCCGAUGUGUUUAGUUUCGGAGUUCUAUUGCUUGAGAUCAUUAGUGGGAAGAGGAACAGAGGGUUUUCCCACCAAGAUCACAACCUCAACCUUCUUGGCCAUGCUUGGAGGUUGUGGGUUGAAGGGAAGCCAAUUGAGCUAGUAGAAGAGGAGAUUGUGGAUGAUGAACCCUCUACUACAACUCAAGUAUUACGAUGCAUUCAAGUAGGGCUGCUAUGCGUUCAACAACGACCAGAUGACAGGCCUAGCAUGUCAUCUGUGGUUGUGAUGUUGACCAGUGAGACUCUGCUGCCUCAGCCGAAGCAGCCUGGGUUUUUCACUGAAAGGAAUUUGCCCGAUUCAGAGAGUUCGACCUCAGAUAAUAAGCAUAGUUCUGCAUCGGUGAAUGAAGUUACAGUCUCGCUGCUAGAUGCUAGGUAGGCGAGCUUUGGUAUGGAGAGAGGACUGCAACAAGCAUAGACAUAAUAGUCACGCCUCAAUCAUUUGCCAAUUCCAACAGCUAUAAAAUAUCUCAAACGUGUAUAGCUGGUGCUUGCAGCAAAUGAAAUGCACAGCAAUGGGUCAAGAGCUUCACGCAUAAACAUAAUCUUCAGAUUCGAUGUCUGUAGACGAUUAACAAUCCGGUUAAUAUCAGCAGAAAUUGUUGUUACUAGUAUCUCAUUUUCUAAAUUAUGUAUGUUUGUAAUUUGGAAAACGAGGCUUCUGAUAUCUGAAUAUAAGUUUGGAGUGGUA